UAUCAUUUGAAAAUAUAAGCUCUGUACAAACAACGACGGUAGUUUUUAUGGAAAAUUAUUCGAUACGUCGCACUAGUACAUUUAAAGCCACAUCUGCAAGUUCGAGUUGAGCAGCUGUAAGAGGUGACAAAAUGGCCGUGUUGAAAUUGUGGUAUGUAUUGUUAUUUUUUCGUUUAAUGCAAUUUAUCUACGGGUCGUACGGUAACGAGGAGAAAGAAAUCGAAAAUUGCAAAAACUUGUUGUUAAACUUACAGCAUUUGGCUACCGGUUACAGCUACCAACCUAACCGAUACGAGCGUGAAAGUUUAAAGGAUCAGUCGCUCGGCCAAUUGCAAAAAAGUGUAGCCAACUUGUACGACGAACUGGAGUGUGGAUACUAUUACAGCGCUCAGUUGCAUUUGAAAUUGACGGGCUACGCUGUUUUCCGCAAAGACAAAACCAUUUACGAGCCGAAGGAACUUGAGGAUUUCACGUUCGAUCAAGAAGCGACCAUGAUGAUCUAUUCGUUGUUGGAUCCGAAACACGACGAGGUAAACGAUCUAUGGUUAAUUUAUAUAUACGCCCGUCUAAUAAAAGAAUUCUAUAGGCGUCUUAGGGCUGUAUUGCUUAUUGCGGUAAAUGCUAACGUGUAUAAGAAAAACAAACGUUUGCAUUAUUUCGUGCUGAACGUAAUAAACAAACGCGUCAAACGGUGUAAAUUGGACAACUCUUUCAAUAUAAAAUCCGAAAAAUGUGAGCACCGUUCAUUUGUACACGAACUACUGGAAAAGAAACAAUUCUGUUGUUCGCUUGUAAAAAAAGAUACAACAAAAACUCUCGUUGAAAACUGUGACGCCGUGAUGAAUGCAAUAAAAAGGAACAAACAAUUACUACAUGAAAACUUCAAGGAAAACCGGGAUAAGAAACUAUUGGAGUUCUCGAUGACCGAAACGAUUUCGUACGAGUUGUUGCUCUUUAAAGACGAGAGAAUAUGCAAAAUGUUUUUUGGCGAAUUUUUGGCAGCAAAUCCCCAUCCUGUCGAUUUAAGUUUUCCAGUUAAAUUGUCGGAUAUUAGAUCCCUCGGAAAGUACCAGCGUCGGGUAAUUGGCACGUUGAAAAUAAUAAUGCUGCAAAUAACAUUGUCGUUUAUAGAUUAUGUUAUCAAUUCCUUAGAUUCUUUAGAAGCAUACAAAAAGUUUAAAGAUGACUCUUUAGAAGCAUGCUUUAAUUUCAAAUAUACUAUCUUAGGCGAGUUUAAAGACUUAAUGGUGUUAAACCACGACCUGACAUUCAACGAAAUCUCUGAAUCAUUCCAAUUCAUUUUUGAGCAUAAGAGCAAUAGUGAUGAACACGCUGAUCCUAAUAUUACAGAUUAUCAAGGUUCCUUGUCACAUAUGAAGAGAAAAAUUACAAGGCUCAUUAAGUAUAUUACUAGAAAAAAUAAAUUACCCAAUAUCAGAGUGACGGUGACCGAUAGUGAGCAGUGCAAAACCUUAAGUGACGUUCACAAUGUAGGCAUAAGAUUUGUUGAGAAAAUUAAAAGCCAUAUUGGAAAACAUUCAAUCAGGUUGGUGCAAUCGUUUUUGAAAAUGAUCGACGAAAAGAAUCUACCGCGUUCCAAGAAGGAACGUUCUUAUGAAGUAUAAUAUAUAUUAUAUAAUCGUAUUACAAUAAGGGAUUUUUUAAUUUUUAUUCAUA